AUGGCUACCAGCGAAAACGAGUUACUGACACGAUCGGCGUUCUGGAACAUUACUCCUAUUACCAUGUUACCUGUGACAAAUUCCGGCCGUGCACGGUUUCUGCACAGGCGCGAUUGGGGAUUGGCCGUUGGCGGUGGAUUCGUCCCGACCUCGUGGAAGCGAGCUCCACUAUUUAGCCCUUUACGAGAGAUCGCCGGUGACGGAGGUAAUGAAUAUCCAUUAUAG